UAGCCCCCAACCACGACCGCUUCCCACUUCCUCCCACCACCACUUGGCCGCGGACGUAAUGGCUCUCGCCGCCGGCAAAUCGCACCUCGCCCUCCUCGCCGUCCUCCACCUCCUCCUCCUCUCCGCCAACGCCGGAUUGAAUCUCGACCGUUCGGAACUCCGAGCCCUCGCGGACGUCCAAGCUGCCCUGGGCGUCCCCAACGUGCAGAACCUGUCUUCAGCGACCCCCGGUCCCUGCAACUUGCGCGGCGUCGUCUGCGAGCGGAGGCUCUCGAGCGACGACGGCUCCUACGUCCUCAGGAUCGCGCGACUCGUCCUCAAAGCGCGGCGGCUCAAGGGGUCCAUCUCUCCGUCAAUCGGACGGCUCUCCGAGCUCAAGGAGCUGACUUUGGCCAACAACGAGCUCGUUGACCGAGUCCCGCCUCAGAUCGCCGAUUGCAAGAAACUGGAGAUCUUGAACCUCAAGAACAAUCGGCUCUCGGGCGAAGUUCCGUCUGAACUUUCGUCGCUUGUUCGGCUUCGUUUGAUCGAUCUCUCCUCGAAUGAAUUUGCCGGGGAUUUGAGUUUCUUGAAGAAUUUCCCCAACCUGGAGAUUCUUGCUCUGUCGGACAAUCUAUUUGCUGGGAAAAUCCCAGCUUCUCUACGUUCAUUUCGGAACCUUCGGAGGUUCGAUGUUUCCGGGAAUGAUUUUCUUGAAGGCCCUGUGCCAGUCCUGAAGGGAGUUGAUGUCGAGCUCUCCGACGCUGGUAUUCCAAAAAGAUACGUUCUUGCUGAGAAUUCAAGUCCUACAAGUAGCCGAAGCAAUAUUUCUGCUUCUGCAAAAGCACCAGCAUCACAAUCUCCAUCGCCAUCAGCAAUAGCUCAAAGGCACCACAAGAAGAACGAGAGGAAAUCGUACCAGUUGGCGCUUGGGUUUUUGGCAGGAGCACUUGCUGGGAGCAUAUCCGGAUUCGUCUUCUCUCUGCUGUUCAAGCUGAUUGUUGCAGCCAUACGAGGCGGAGGUAAGGAGCCAGGUCCUGUGAUCUUUAGCUCACAGAUCAAGAAAGCCGAGGAUUUGGCUUUCCUCGAGAAAGAAGAUGGGUUAGCGGCGCUGGAGAUCAUCGGAAGCGGCGGAUGCGGAGAAGUGUACAAGGCUCAGUUACCGGGAAGCGAUGGCAUGGUUGUUGCCAUCAAGAAGAUCAUUCAAUCCCCGCAAGAGGGGAUAGAGCUGAACGAAGAAGACAGCAAGGCUCUGAACAAGAAGAUGCGCCAGAUUCAAUCCGAGAUAAGAACGGUCGGGCAAAUUCGACACCGGAACCUGGUGCCUUUGUUGGCUCACUUCCCCCGUCCAAACUGCCAUUACCUCGUUUACGAAUUCAUGAAGAAUGGGAGCUUGCAAGAUGUGCUGAAUCAGGUGUCACAGGGAAGCAGAGAAUUAGAUUGGCCUGCAAGGCACAGGAUCGCCGUAGGAGUCGCGUCGGGACUCGAGUACCUUCACAUGGACCACAGCAGGCGGAUAAUCCAUAGAGAUCUCAAGCCCGCCAAUGUUCUUCUAGAUGAUGACAUGGAAGCCCGAAUUGCAGAUUUCGGGCUCGCAAAGGCUAUCCCCGACGCGAAGACGCAUAUUACGACUUCUAACAUAGCCGGGACUGUGGGGUACAUUGCGCCCGAGUAUCACCAGACGCUCAAGUUCACAGAUAAGUGCGAUAUAUAUAGCUUCGGCGUCCUGCUGGGAGUGUUGGUGAUGGGAAAGCUGCCAUCAGAUGAAUUCUUCCAGCACACACCGGAAGUCGGUCCGGUCAAUUGGCUAAGGAAAGUCAUGACUUCGGAUAAUCCGAGCGAGGCCAUUGACCCGAAGCUGAUUGGCAACGAAUUCGAGGAGCAAAUGCUGCUGGCUCUGAAGAUCGCUUGCUUCUGUACUCUGGAUGAUCCGAAGCAAAGGCCGAACAGCAAGGAUGUCCGGUGUAUGCUGUCUCAGAUCAAGAAGUGAAGUGCUGGCCAGUGAAUG